UCGAAAUUCGAUGUUUUCGCGGGUUUCGCUUUGCUUUAUUUCUCUGUAACACUAUUUUGUGUCUUGCACUUCAUAAGCUUCUAUGAAUAUUGAACCUUACUGUUAGUUUACAUGUGGGCUAUUUACGGAUUUAACAAGUGAGAUGUGACAGAAAAGAUCGCCUGUUAACACCUUCUUUAGGCCAAUAUCAGACAUGCUGUGAUCCGAUUAGGAACUCUGAGGAGCUGGAAAGCAAAAUAUGUCGGCGUUAUCGCCAACAGACAGGUCUCAUUUUGAGCUACUCAAGACGUAUCUGCUAGAAACCUGCAGCAAUGAUCUUGCGGCCGUGCUAGCAGCUGAUGAUGUUCGACGACACUACUCAAUAUAUGCAGGAUGCAUGACUCUGAUGGACCUCAGUGUGGAAUUUGGAGAGGCAUUGAUUAGUGACCCAUUGAAGAUACUAAAUUUAAUGGACAUGGCAGCUUCCUCGGCACAUCAGGAACUCUACGACCUAUCGGAAACAAAGGAGAAGUUGUGCCUUAAGGACCAUUUGCACAUGCGUUUGGUGAACCUUCCCCAUUUCAUUCGAACAACUUCGCUGCCAAGAUGCUUAAAUGUUGCAAAAUUUCAAGCAAUCUCAGGUACUGUACUUCGUGCUACCACCAUGAAAGUUCUUGAAUACCAAAAGGAGCACAUGUGCAGCAAGUGCGGGUACACAUUCAUGAUCGAAGCAAAUGUUCAGAUGUACUACUCUUAUUCUAUGCCUACGCUGUGCCCCAGUGAAGCUGGUUGCAAUGGAACAAGGUUCACACCAACCGCAAAAGUUACUGACUUGUCACACUGCAGAGACUAUCAAGAAAUUCUUGUGCAAGAGAAGGUGAAUAAUAUAGCUGUAGGGAUCAUACCUGGCCACAUGUGGGUGAUCCUGGAAGACGAUCUAGUGGACUCGUGCAAGCCAGGACAGGAUGUCCUGAUAAGUGGAGUAGUGCUCGUCAGACAACACCGGUUUUCUCGAGGCCAACGACCAGGUUCCAGCUUCGUGUUUCGUGCCCAUAACGUUGAAGUUGCACAAGCACAGUGUACUUCAACGGAAGUGUCGGCUGAAUUAAGGAAAGAAUUUGAAGAGUUUUGGCAAAGCCACAGGCAGUUCCCACUCGUGGGCAGAAACAAAAUUCUGUGCAGUGUCUGUCCUCAAGUGUAUGGUCUUUUCCUCGUGAAGCUGGCAGUCGCUCUGGUGCUUGCAGGAGGGGUGCGGCGAACCGCUGACAAUGGAACGAAGAUUCGAGGGGAAUCUCACCUUCUAUUGGUUGGUGAUCCAGGGACUGCAAAGUCUCAAUUUCUCAAGUACGCUUCGAAGAUGAGCUCCCGUUCCGUCCUCACAACUGGCAUUGGGAGUACUAGUGCUGGGCUUACAGCUGCUGCAGUGAAGGAUGGGUCUGAGUGGCAGCUAGAAGCCGGUGCACUGGUGUUGGCCGACGGAGGGCUUUGCUGUAUCGAUGAAUUUAACGGUAUCAGAGAGCAUGACCGUGGAAGCAUCCAUGAAGCAAUGGAGCAGCAAACACUGAGCAUCGCUAAGGCUGGUAUUGUGAGCAAGCUGAGCACCCGCUGCUCUGUCCUGGCGGCUACAAAUCCAAAGGGCUCCUGCUCGGCAAGUGGUGAAUUAGAUGUGAACAUUGGUAUUGCAAGUCCGCUAUUGAGUCGUUUUGACCUAGUGCUAGUUCUACAAGACACACGUAGUGAAGACUGGGAUCGUUUAGUGUCCUCGUUCCUUCUAUCUGGUCAUGACCCCCUCCAGGAACACAAAGAUGAUGGCUUGUGGAGCAUUAGCAAGAUGAGAUGCUAUUUUGCAAUGAUCAAAGCUCUAAACCCAGUGCUGACAGACGACGCUAAAAGCAUUCUGCAAGAAUAUUACCAACGCCAGAGAAGAGCGUCGGAACGUAGUGCUGCUCGAACGACCAUACGUCUCCUGGAAAGCUUGAUCAGGCUCUCCCAAGCUCAUGCCAGGUUAAUGUUCCGAGAAGAAGUGACUGCUCAAGAUGCUGUAGUUGCUGUAACGCUUGUGGAGUCAUCGAUGCAGCGAUCGGCUCUCAUACAGAACAUCGACACUCUGCACACUAGAUUUGCUAUAGAUCCAGAGUUGGACUACGAGGAACAAGCUAAAACAAUCCUAACCGAACUUGGAUUACACAAGGAGUUGAAAAAAGCGCUUGACCGCUGCAGCGCGGAUGACCCAUAUCCGCCUGACAGAACGGGCGGAAAGUUGUCGCAACCACAUUCAGCCCACACAGGCAAUAUAUGUGCAGGGAAGAAAGAAGAGAACCCAAAACGUUUGUUACAAUCAUGUUUUGAAGGUAAGGAAAAUGAGACGCCUGCGAACCAGGGGACAGGGAGGCUGUUGCAGCUGAUGAACAAAAACUUGACAUCCAAGCAAGACCCUGUCUAUAAGCCAGCCUCUGAAGAUACAGCAGUCGAUGUUUUGGAACAGAGGCAUAAUGGACAUUGCAGUAGUGACAACCCAAGUGCUGCAGUGUCUAGUGACGUGCCAGAGUGCGCUGAAACUAACAUUGGACCUUCCACUGCGUUUCGCCUCGAAAAAUCUUCCCCACAAAGAGCAGAGUCAAGGAGCAAGGCCAGCAAUGUAAAAGAAAUGUUAAAAUCGUUUUCGUUUAAGCGUACAUCUCCAGGACAACAUCGGAACAAUGUGACAAGCAUCAUUAGCAAGGAUGCGAGCAACUUAACACAGAGUGACAAUGUUGUUCACCCUGUUCAAGAUGAUCAAAAUGAUGUUGCUGUAAAAGUGCCAGCACCUGUUCCCGAUUGUGCACCCACAACCUCGAAGGCGUCGAGCAUGGCUGAGAAGUUCGAACGAUUCAGGUGCAUUCCGAGGGAAAGGACAAAUAAUGGUUGUGCUGGCCCUUCAAACCAGAGCAUACAAAGUGUGAAUAAUAACUCCAGCAGUAAUGGUUCCAACAAUGCUUCCAGAAAGGCUAAUGCAAAGAACACUUCGGUGAGUGACUGUGUCAGAACUUCAGCGUCGGGUUCAAAUUCAGAAACUUCGAAGCUGCAAAAAUUGUUUGAUGUUGGACAGGGACUGUGUAGCGAAGAAGACAUGUUCGAUGAUUGGGAGUGGGAAGUUGAUCUUUCCGUUCCGUAUAAAAGACAGAAAAGAAAGUGACAGUUGGCAUUCCUUAUCGUUGUUUUUGUUAUAUUGUUUGUUAGUAUUUUAUAAGACUAUUGCAAUAAAUUAUUUUAAAAAGUACA